AUGACGAUGAUGUCCGAUCCUUCAGAGGAUUUGGUAGAAGAGAUACUCUCUAAGGAUCCGGCUAGAUCUCUGAAACGAUUACGAUCUACUUGCAAACAGUGGAACACAUUAUUCAAUGAUCAUAGAUUCACCAAGAAGCACUAUGAUAAAGCACCAAAGGAGUUUCUAGUUCUCAUGUUGAAGACUUAUAAGGUUUAUUUAGUGAGUGUCAAACUCAGCGGAAUUCACAACAACAUUGAUCCGGUUAUGGAGGUUAAGGGUGAACUUGGCCUACUUGGCUAUGACAACUACACAACCUUUCACUGCAACGGAUUAUUGUUGUGCACCACCCGAGCGAAACCCAUGGAAUAUGGCGCAAGACUCGUGGUUUAUAACCCGUGUAUGGGGCAAACCAAGUGGAUCGAACUCAGAACUGCUUACAAAGCAUCAGAUAAGUUUGCUCUCGGUUACAAGAAGAAUUGUAAUAGCUACAAGAUUUUAAGAUUUUCGGGUUCUUGUCACAAGCCUGUUUUUGGUGAGUUUGAGAUCUAUGAGUUUAACUCUGAUUCAUGGAGGGUUCUUGAUGACGCCAUUCAUGACUGGCACUUGGCAGCUCAAGGUCGUGGCGUGUCUUACAAGGGAAAUACUUAUUGGGUUGCUUCAGAUACCCAAGACUUGGUAGACGACUUUUUACUAGAGUUUGAUUUCACAAAAGAGAGAUUUCGACGUUUGCGUCUGCCGUUUAAGGAUGAUUGUCAAUACAAUACUGUGGUGCCAUCUACUGUAAGAGAAGAGAAACUUGCGGUGUUGUUUCAGAGUGAAUAUGAAGAAAAGACGGAGAUAUGGUUAACCAGUAAGAUUGAUGAAAACAAUGACGAGGUCUCGUGGAGAAAGUUCUUUACAGUGAAAUGUAAUUAUAUGUUUUCAUUUUCGAUGAGUUUCAUGGUGGAUGAGGAGAACAAACUGGCAGUGUGUUGUGACACAUACAUGGGAGAAGAUGAUAAAUAA